UCAUGUGGUGCAGUUUUCUACCACUGCUGUUUUAUAGCAACGUUAUCAGCACUUGGUCUUGAAAGAAGUAGAAACAUCGAUUAAGCCAAGACUAUGGAAGAAGUUGGUCAGCCGGGGCCCGGACAUUUAAACAGCAGCACAACUAAGAAGAGGGAAGACUACCUGGAAUGGCCUGAAUACUUUAUGGCUGUAGCCUUUCUCUCAGCCCAAAGAAGCAAAGACCCAAGCUCACAGGUGGGGGCGUGUAUAGUGAACCAGGAGAAUAAGAUUGUUGGCAUUGGGUACAAUGGUAUGCCCAAUGGCUGUGAUGAUGACCAGCUGCCAUGGUCCAGGACUGCUGACAACCGGCUUGACACUAAAUACCCUUAUGUGUGCCAUGCAGAGCUGAAUGCCAUUAUGAACAAGAACAGCGCUGAUGUGAAAGGCUGCACCAUAUAUGUGGCUUUGUUCCCCUGCAACGAGUGUGCCAAGCUCAUCAUCCAGGCCGGCAUUAAGGACGUGGUCUUUCUUUCUGAUAAAUACCAUGACUCACCAGAGAUGGUCGCUUCCAGAACAUUGCUUAGUAUGGCAGGUAUACAAUGCAGGCAGUUCAAACCCAAGAGGACUGAGAUUGUCAUUGAUUUUAAUUCCAUUAACCAUGCUGGAAUGCUGAACAGCGCGACAAAGUGAAAAUGCAAACCGCUCACCUUGGGGAGCUGCUGAAUGAGGCGGGGACAUAGAGGGAGACUGACAAGAUUGAAAGAGACUUUGAUGCCUCUUUUCUGUAUGUCUUCCUGCCCCCCGCUUUGUCCAAAGGAAAACUCAAGGAUACCUUGACUUUGGCAUCUUUUGAUAUUUUGAUUAACUGGAUGUUGAAGAUGGUGUAAUUUGAUGCUUCACCCUUUGUGGAUGGCUGUGACAGAAGGUCUGUCAGUGCCGCAUUUUUUGUAAUUUUAUUUUUUUUAACUCCCUUUGUGUUUUGUCGUACACAUAGACUCUGAAUCAGAUCCUCUCAUGGAUCUGCACAGGGGGCACCUUGACAUUCAGUUCAUUUGACCUUCUACUUUCACACUAGACGCUGGACUUAGCAACUGUCAAAGGCUAAAAACUUCUGUCCUACUGUUUGUUGUAGUUUAUAUUUUGACUCUCUUUGAUCAUUUAAAUGGGCAUCUAACAUUGAACUUGCAGUAAAAUUGAAAAAUUUUCUUACUUUAACAAACAUAUGACAAUUAUUAUAAUUUUUUUGGUAUUAAACAAUUACAGCUCCUGGCAUUGAUAGUUCACUUAUGACUAAGACCAAUGUUUUAAAUAACAAAAUAACAGUAAUCUGGCAGAUUAAAGGAUCAAUAGAGAUGCUUUAUGAAUGUUUCAAUUAUUCCAACAUUGCUGCUGUCCUUCACUUCUCUUUACACACUAUGGUUAUGUUACUGUAAGCAUAUGGGAUCUGAGUUUUAAUGACCAUUUUAACAUUGUUUUCUGAUAAUGUUGCUGUCUUCACUUUGUGACAAAUCUUCUGUAAUGCAUUAUUGAAAAAUGUAUUUCUGUAUUCAGUUAUAGUAAUAAGGCAGCAAAUGCUCUUACUUGGGUUUUAUUAUUCAUUUGAUUGUAUGGAAAGGCUUUUAAAAACAAGUUUUAUCUUUGGAUCGUAAUACCACAUUGUUUUCAAGACUACCUGCUAUUUGGAUGAACAAUAUUUUAUGUUGCUGUUAUACGACCAUGCUGUUACAAUAAGCUAAUAAUUUCUUCAUAACAUGUCUGUAUGUUUACUACAUGUAUGUACAUGUUUGCUUUCACAUAGGUGACCGGGGAAACAAUUCUCAGUUCUGCGUCUUCAGCCAUGUCGUCUGUCCGUGCAGCUGAAGUCAAUAAAUGUUUGGACUGCA